AUUUUUGAUGGAUAAAGACAACUUUGCCUCCAAAAACGAUGAGUCACAAGAGAAUGCUGAGGACUUGCAAUUUCCACUGUCAUAUUACUACAUAGAAUCUUCACACAAUACUUACCUUACUGGCCAUCAGCUUAAAGGGGAGUCCUCGGUAGAGCUCUACAGCCAGGUUCUUUUACAAGGCUGCAGAAGUGUAGAAUUAGACUGCUGGGAUGGUGAUGAUGGGAUGCCUAUCAUUUAUCAUGGGCACACUCUUACUACUAAGAUCUCUUUUAAGGAGGUAGUUGAAGCUAUUGAUCGCAAUGCAUUUAUCACCUCCGACAUGCCAAUUAUCAUUUCAAUAGAAAACCACUGCUCAUUGCCUCAGCAACGCAAGAUGGCUGAAAUUUUCAAGAAUGUAUUUGGAGAUAAGCUGGUAACGAAGUUUUUAUUUGAGAGUGACUUUUCUGAUGAUCCCAUGCUUCCUUCACCUGGCCAACUGAAAAGAAAAAUUCUGCUUAAAAACAAGAAGCUGAAAGCCCAUCAAACACCAGUGGAUAUAUUGAAGCAAAAGGCUCACCAGCUGGCACAUAUGCAAGCACAGGCUAGCAAUGGCGCUAGCAACCCCACACCUACCAAUGAAGAGGAAGAAGAUGAAGAGGAUGAAUAUGACUAUGACUAUGAAUCUCUCUCUGAUGCUGAUGUCCUUAAUGCUUCUCCUGCUCCUAACAGCCAGGAAGAUAACAUUCUUGAAGACCGCCCUGAGAAUAAAUUAUCAAGUGAUAAACUGCAGUUUGAAUAUAAUGAAGAGACUGCCAAACGAAUAAAGAAGGCUGAUUGUGCUACUUACAAUAAUAAAGGAAAGGUGUAUGAUAUGGAGCUGGGUGAAGAAUUCUAUCUUCCGCAAAAUAAGAAGGAAAGCAGACAGAUAGCCCCAGAGCUAUCAGAUCUUGUCAUUUACUGUCAAGCCGUAAAGUUCCCUGGCUUGUCAACUCUAAACCCAUCUGGCUCUAGCAGAGGAAAAGAAAGAAAAAGCAGGAAGUCCAUUUUUGGCAACAAUCCUGGCAGGCUGAGCCCUGGGGAGUCAGCUACUCUUGCCAAAGCAUCUGGAAAAGGUCCUUUUGAUGUGAUGCGGCAGACCUGGGAAGAUCCUUGCUGUCCGUACAACUCUCCAGCUUCUCUCAGUGCUAUCAUAAGGACGCCCAAGUGCUAUCAUAUCUCCUCCCUGAACGAGAACGCUGCCAAGCGGCUGUGCAGGCGGUACUCUCAGAAGCUGAUCCAGCACACCACCUGCCAGCUCCUGAGGACGUAUCCUGCUGCCACGCGCAUUGACUCCUCAAAUCCCCAUCCACUGAUCUUCUGGCUCCAUGGCAUACAGCUCGUGGCUCUUAACUACCAAACAGAUGAUCUUCCUCUGCAACUUAAUGCAGCGAUGUUUGAGGCUAAUGGCGGCUGUGGAUAUGUUUUGAAACCUCCUGUUCUGUGGGAUAAAAAUUGUUCCAUGUACCAGCAGUUUUGUCCAUUAGAAAGAGAUCUUGAUAAUAAGGAGCCAGCUAUAUAUUCUUUAACAAUUGUGUCCGGACAGAACGUCUGCCCUAGCAAUAGCACGGGCAGUCCGUGCAUUGAAAUCGAUGUGCUGGGCAUGCCUCUGGACAGCUGCCAUUUCCGGACGAAGCCCAUUCAUCGCAACACUCUCAACCCCAUGUGGAAUGAACAGUUCCUUUUCCGGGUUCACUUUGAAGAUUUGGUCUUUCUUCGGUUCGCAGUUGUUGAAAAUAACAGCUCAGCUGUAACAGCUCAGAGAAUCAUUCCCCUAAAAGCUCUAAAAAGAGGCUAUAGGCAUGUCCAGCUCCAUAACCUGCACAAUGAAGCAUUAGAAAUUUCUAGUUUGUUCAUAAACAGUCGGAGAAUGGAAGAAAGUCCCUCUGGAAACACCCUGCCUGCGUCUAUGUUGUUUAGCAUGGGGGAAAGGAAAGCUGCUGUGAGUUACAAAGUGACAAUUCAUGGAAUUCCAGGCCCGGAGCCUUUCACUGUUUUUAAUGUAAGCGGGGGGACCACAGCUGCACAGCUUCUCCAUCAGCUCUUGGCUACCACAAAAGGCACCGAGUCAUGUGCUGCAGACUAUUUUCUGAUGGAAGAGAAAAGUUUUAUAUCUAAAGAAAAGAGCGAAUGCAAAAAACCACCAUUCCAGAGAGUGAUCGGUCCUGAAGAAGGGCUAGUGCAGCUUUUGAACAGUUGGUUCCCAGAAGAAGGAUAUGUUGGAAGGAUUAUCUUUAAAACCCGAGAGGAAAAUUUAAACGAGAGAAACGUCUUUCAAGAAGCAAAGGAAGAUGCAUCCAUCAGCUCUGAGGACGACAGUUUCUUUGUUCAGGUACAUGAUGUCUCCCCAGAGCAGCCACGCACCGUCAUCAAAGCUCCCCGCUUCAGCACAGCUCAGGACGUCAUACAGCAGACUCUUUGCAAAGCCAAAUACUCCUACAGCAUUUUGAGCAAUCCAAAUCCAAGUGAUUACGUGCUCUUGGAAGAGGUGACGAAAGAGCCAGCAAACAAAAAGUCCUCAACAUCUAAACCAUCUCAGAGGAUUCUCUCCGAUCAGGAGUGUGUGUUUCAGGCCCAAAGCAAGUGGAAGGGAGCGGGAAAAUUUAUCCUUAAACUGAAGGAACAGGUUCAGGCAGCACGAGAUGACAAAAGAAAAGGCAUCUCCUUUACCAGUGAACUCAGGAAGUUAACCAAGUCAAGUAAGCAGUAUCGGGGAUUCAUAUCGCCACCUCUGCAGGUCUCGCCAGACAGUCCACAGAGCAAGGAUGAAAGGUCUGCGUGCAGUUUGACUUUUAGCGACGUUAUGGAAUAA